AUGGCGAGCGAGAGCUGGGGUGCGCGGGAAGCCCCCACCCCCCGCCCGGCUCCUCAACACAAACUUUCCGUCCCGCUCGCUCCCUCCUCCGCGCCCAGCACCUCCCGCUCCGGCCCGGCUCAUUCCGUGCAUUCCGGCCAUCCCCCUGCCCACGACCCCCCUUCCCGGCCCCCCUCGCUACUCCCUCGGGCCCGGAGGAACGGCCCGGCGGAGCGCCCCCCGGAGCUCGGAGCAGGCUCAGGCCGUCCAGGGGGCUCAGGCCCGGAGCCCAGGGCAACCAGCACAAUAGCGUCCAACAGCUGGACCGCCAGCAGCAGCCCCGGGGAGGCCCGGGAGGAUGGGUCCGAAGGCCUGGACAAGGCGCUGGACAACGAUGCGGAGGGAGUGUGGAGCCCGGACAUCGAGCAGAGCUUCCAGGAGGCCCUGGCCAUCUACCCGCCCUGCGGCCGGCGCAAGAUCAUCCUGUCAGAUGAGGGCAAGAUGUACGGUCGAAAUGAGCUGAUCGCCCGCUACAUCAAACUGAGGACGGGCAAGACCAGGACGAGAAAACAGGUGUCCAGCCACAUACAGGUUCUAGCUCGGAAGAAGGUUCGGGAAUACCAGGUUGGCAUCAAGGUCUCUAGUCACUUGCAGGUUCUAGCCAGGAGGAAAUCUCAGGAGAUUCAGUCCAAGCUGAAGGCCAUGAACCUGGACCAGGUCUCCAAGGACAAAGCACUCCAAAGCAUGGCGUCCAUGUCAUCUGCACAGAUCGUCUCUGCCAGCGUCCUGCAGAACAAGUUCAGCCCGCCCUCCCCUUUGCCCCAGGCCGUCUUCUCCACCUCCUCAAGGUUCUGGAGUGGCCCCCCUCUGCUAGGACAACAGCCUGGACCGUCUCAGGACAUCAAGCCCUUUGCCCAGCCUGCCUACCCCAUCCAACCUCCUCUGCCACCGACGCUCACCAGUUAUGAGUCCCUGGCCCCGCUGCCCCCAGCCACUGCCUCCUCUGCCUCUGCGCCUGCGUGGCAGGACCGGACCAUCGCCUCCUCCCGGCUACGCCUCCUGGAGUAUUCUGCCUUCAUGGAGGUGCAACGGGAUCCUGACACGUACAGCAAACACCUGUUUGUGCACAUCGGCCAGACAAACCCUGCCUUCUCGGACCCACCCCUGGAGGCGGUGGAUGUACGCCAGAUCUAUGACAAGUUCCCUGAGAAGAAGGGGGGACUGAAGGAACUCUACGAGAAGGGGCCCCCAAACGCCUUCUUCCUUGUCAAGUUCUGGGCUGACCUCAACAGCACGGUCCAGGAGGGCCCCGGGGCCUUCUACGGGGUCAGCUCUCAGUACAGCUCAGCCGAUAGCAUGACCAUCAGUGUGUCCACCAAGGUGUGCUCCUUCGGCAAGCAGGUGGUAGAGAAAGUGGAGACUGAGUAUGCCCGCCUCGAGAACGGCCGCUUCGUGUACCGCAUCCACCGCUCACCCAUGUGCGAGUACAUGAUCAACUUCAUCCACAAGCUGAAGCAUCUGCCCGAGAAGUACAUGAUGAACAGCGUGCUGGAGAACUUCACCAUCCUGCAGGUGGUCACAAGUCGGGACUCACAGGAGACCCUGCUGGUCAUCGCUUUUGUCUUCGAGGUCUCCACCAGCGAGCAUGGGGCACAACACCACGUCUACAAGCUUGUCAAAGACUAGCAAACCUUUGACGUCCACAGGGAUGCAAGACGGACUUCUUCCACACACCUGCCUGCCUGGUCUCCCAGGGUGUGGGCUGGGGAACUCACCCACUCAUGGGUUUCAGGCUGGGACCCAGGCUGCCUCCCUGGCCCCAGCACACACGCUCCCUGCCACUGUUCUGCGCUUUACUGGAGUGAAGAGGGCUCCAUGGUGAUGUGGCCUUCCUGGGCAUUGACCCACAGAUGACAGGGCUCCACCUGGCCUCAAGUGACAUCCGAGUUGGGGGAUGGAGGACACCUGCGGGCUUAGUGCACGGUCUCUGGCCCCCAAGGGAGUGUGGUGAGCAGGUGAGGGUAGAGCGGAGACCACGGAGAGGCAGCGGGCAAGGCUGCCCUGGUACGAGGUGUCAAGUUGGAGGCUGGGAUAAGAAGGGCCCACACUUCUUUGUACCUUCUGGGCACCGGCCUGUUCCCAGGCCCCUUGCACAGCAAGAUUGGGUGUCUUGAUCAAAGUGCCAAGAUGGAGGCCCACACAAGUGGGCAGAGCCGGAGCCUGGGUUCGGCUACCUCCCUAGACCAGGGCUGGCUACAGGGGAGGGGGCUGUGCUGACAGAGUGGUGCAGCUGAGCUGGAGGCUGAACAGGGUGCUGCCCGGUCCCCCCAGCACAUCAGCUCCCAGGCACCCUUCAGUGUCCCACAGACAGGUGGCAGGGCACAGGAGGCUGGAACUUGAAGAGCCCUGGUCUCCCCGCCUCCCUCCCCUGCUCUCCACACCCAGGCCCGAGGGUCAACUGGCCUGUCCCCAGGCCACCUGGGUAUUUGUGAGUUUCAAAUGAAGUACUGUGCCCCUCCUCAUCCUGCCCGAGCUUUCUGAAGGUCUUCACCGUUCGCAUACUGCUCAGGCCACCUCCCGACCCCACCUAGGUUUUAUAACAUGUAUUAUAUGUAUUUUUGUGUAUUUUUAAAUCCAGCUGUGAUGGGCUAUAUCAUAAACAGCUCAAGGCAGGGGCCCCUUAAGGUCUGGCUCCUGCUAAAAAAAAUUAAAAGCUGUUUCUGGGUCA